AUGGGGUUGUCGCGAAGAUCUGUUAGUGAUACCGCUUUGUUGCUUCUUGGGUUGUUGUUAUUCACUUACAACCUUGACAUGGCUUUGGCCUCUUCUGGAGGCGUGAUGGGAGGGAAUUUCUUCAGUUCAGAUUCUGAGUCUUCAUCCUCAGAAUCUUACACAAGUGAUUCAGAAUCACAAAUGGUGUUGCAUGAUAACCAUCCCACUUCUCACGAUGCUGAACUUGCAAGUGGAAGUCACGGUGGAGUGUCUAUGUUCUUUCUCAUAUUCAUAUUUGGUUUGUUUUUGGUUGGAUUUUGUAAAGACACCAAUGGAAAUACAGUAACUGUUCUCAAGCUUCAGGUUGCAAUGUCUGGUGGAAUGGGAAGCUCAAUACAAAGGGAUCUAACUAGGAUUGCAGAAACUGCAGAUACAUCCUCUCGAGAAGAGACAAUGCAGAGUUUGGAUCGACAUCAUGGUCAUUGUAUUUCAGGAUAUUCAUCAGUGGAUUUAAAGCGGAGUAAGGGGGAUGGGGAGAAAUUCUAUAAUCAAUUGUCAAAUGAAGAAAGGGCAAAAUUUGAUGAAGAGACUCUGGUUAAUUUGAACAACACAGAAAAGAAAAGUACAAAAGGCCAAAAUGUUGAUCUGUUUAGCAAUGAAUACUCAAUGUUUGAUGCAAAGGAGAGAAAAGAGGAAAGAUAUAAAUUUGAAGAAGAGAAACUUCUCAGUGGGUUUGGCAAUGAGUACAUUGUGAUAACAAUUUUGGUAGCUGCUAAAGGAGCACACAAGUUUCCUAACAUCAAUGGAGCUGAAGAUUUGAAGGAAGCAUCACAAAAGCUUAGAUCCCUUCUCUCAAGCAAAUUAUUAGCUGGUGAGGUAUUAUGGACCCCACAAAAUGAGGAAGACACUCUUUCAAAACGAAAACUACUUGAAGACUACCCUCAAUUGGCAAAGGGCUUGAAAAGCUUUCAAUUUAAGAAACAUGAAUGA